AUGGGCAAGGGGGCUGGAGUGGGAGGGUGCGGAGAGACAGAAAGGAAGGAAGGGCCCGAGCUCUCUCCACAAGGACACACUGCAUCUCGGAAGUCCGCCCGAAUCUCGGGCGUCUCUCCCCGGAAGCGCGGGCACCGCUUCCGAGCCGUGGAACCCGGUAGUCGGCGUAAAGGAGCGGGGGGAGGCCGGGUGUGGAAAUUCAAAAUGGUGGGCGGGAAGGCGUUCGAUUCCGACCCGAAGAGGUGGAGAAGGAGGAGUUCCCGGGUCCGGCUGGCCCUGCUGACCGUGGCGUUUGGAAAGAGCCCACAAGACCCCUUCGGGACCCCCGUGGGCCUUCUGAUAGAAAAGAGUACGGUCGGAACGACACGGUCCGAAAACUGGGAUCGGUUUCCGCGCAUCUGCGACCUCAUUAAUACCACUCAGGGAGGGCCAAGAGAUGCCGUAAGAGCGCUGAAAAAAAGGCUCUCCCAAAAUUGCAACCACAAGGAAAUCCGCCUCACCCUCUCGCUGCUGGACCUGUGCGUGCGCAACUGUGGGCCAAGCUUCCGGGCUCUGGUUGUGAAGAAGGAUUUUGCCAAAGACAAACUGACCGAGCUCCUGAAUCCCAGAUACAACCUGCCGACGGACAUACAGAAUCAAAUCUUGACCUUCGUCAUGACUUGGUCUCAGGGAUUCGAAGGCACCGUGGACGUGACUCAAGUGAAGGAACUGUACCUCGACCUGCUCAAAAAGGGCAUCCGGUUUCCGUCCUCGAACACGGCGGCGGGGACGGACGCCCCGGAACGCUCGGUGAGCGGGCCGGCGGAGCUCGUCCGGGGCGACUCUCCAUCCGUGAAGGUCCCGGAGAGGGACGCCGUGCGGGAGGGGAGGCCGAUCGCCGGGGCGCGGGAGAGCGGAGGGGGUGGGGGGCAUCGAGCCGGCUGUCUUCGGGCCGCUCCAACCCGUGUCCUUGGCGUCCGCCGACAGGGAUCGGCCCGGCUUCCGGAGGCGGCGGCGGCGGCUCCCGUCCCUUCGGCCCCCGGGGCUCCUCCGGAGGCUGUGUGGAAAGCCCCGACCGUGCUGCUGGUUCCCGAACAGAUCGGGAAGCUGAACAGCGAGCUCGACGUGGUCAGGAUGAACGUGGCCGUCAUGCUGGCGAUCCUAACGGAGAACACCCCCGGCUCUGAAGACAGAGAUGACCUGGAGCUUCUCCAGAAAUUGUACCGGACGGGCCGGCAGAUGCACGGCAGGAUCACGGAGCUGUUGGCUACGGUGGAGAAUGAGGACGUGGUGGCGGAGCUGAUUCGGGUGCACGAAAACCUCAGCGACGCCAUCGUGAGAUGUGAGCGGUUUUCCCAAACCCGGAAAGACAUCCGGGAGCAGACCGGACCCCUGAUCGAAUCCAUCACGGUGAGCAAAAUGUCGCCGUUGGCUCCUAUCCGCCCCGGCUGUUAGAACGCAUAGUUAAGCACCUAACAAAUGUCGGUUUUUAUCACGAUUACCAUCUCUGCUCUGAUCCUCUCAUCCGACCCGCGUAUUCUGUCCGUCGCCGGAUCCCGUCCGUGCUACGUUCACGUCACUGAAAGACACCCUCUCGUCCCAACCGGUACCACGCUGAUCCAAGCGCUUUUCCUUUCCUCCUCCGACCGCUCAGUCGGCCUCCUCGGUGACCUCCCCGCCUCCCGUCUCUCCAUACCGCAGUCCGUACUUCACUCUGUCACCGGGAUCGUUUCUCUAGAGCAGUGUUGCACGGCCAUCUCCCCGUCCUCGGC